CAGGCCUGGAGAGACCAGGGGCCAGUCAGGCACUGAGGUAGCUCCAUUAUUGUUGACAUCUGCUGUCCUCAAUUAGCCUUUAAUCAUGAUUUUUAAAAUUUUCUGAAAUAUAUAUAUUAAUAUUUAUUAAUAUAUUACUGUUUUAUAUUUAUAGUUUUAUUGUACACCAUCCAGAGUCACUCUUGAGAUGGUAGCUAUAUGAAUAAUUUUUUUAAAAAAAGUGAGAAUUUCCUUAUUUGUCCAAGCAUUAUAAACUGUUAGGCAAGCUUCAUUGGUUUGUUGUUUUGUUAUUCUGACUUAUAUUUAUUAGGCCAUUUGAUAUACUUUAGUAAAGUAUUGUUUGCUUUUAUGCACCUUGGAACAUACCUUAAUAUUCUGCAAUAAAUCAGAUUAAAAGUAAUUUGAAUUCCAACAGCCAAAACAAAUAUUUUUUUCAGACUCUUGUGACAAUUGCAUUCUCACCGCUAUCUUAUCUAUUCAGAAACUAUGUGAGUAGGACAAUUUGAAACUUACUUUUGGAUUUCCUCAAAUAUGCUAAUUAAUCCACUGCCACUAAAAUUUCACCCACUGGUUCUUAAUCUUUUUAAAAAAUUAAUGAGUUUAUUUUUGCUUUUUUAUUUCUUGUUUAUAAGUAAACAUAUUUAUAAAAACUAGAUUUCUUUCAGAGAUCUCCUAUAUCAAACAAAAUUCUAUCACUAAAGGAAGAUAAUAUAAAAGGAGGAGUUGCGAAUCUACUUAAAGUUAAUAUACUCAUUUUUAUCUUUGAUAACCUGGCCCUAAUUAUAGGUAUUUCUUUCCAUUCUUGUUUGGCAAAGUCUCUGACCUACAAUUGUUUUGUUAUCUUUAAAAUCCCUCCUGCUUUAGCACCCAAGGUAUGGAAUUGAAGGGAGCAUACUUUCAUCCUCAGUUUGAUGGAUUUUUUUCCUGUAGAACAACCACAUUCGUUCUCAGGAGAUUCUCCAGGAUUGAUCUCAUUGGCAGACUUUUAUUCUAUAUUUCCCCCAUAUCCAAUUGACAAAUACAACAUAACCUCCAGGUUUGUCAUAACACGAGUGAAAUCUCUACAAUGAUGUUCCUGGCAGUUCUGACAAAGAACAGAUUCUUCCUUGAGGAUCUGAUUGGGUUUAAUACAGGAUUUUGAAGAUAGAAAAUUGUUUUGUCUUCCAGGCUUCUCCAACACCCAAUCUGUUAGGGACAAAUGCAUUAGUGCAAUUAAUGAAGACAAAUUGACAGGACCCUGCAAAUUAAUUAGCUAAAAAUAUAUCAUAGUCAAGGAUUGGCAGACUGAGAAUACGUGCAAUUAUAAUGUUCAACGUAGUAUUUUUACUUGAAAAACAUUCUUUUCUUCAACUAACGGGCCCUCCAAGUACAGUGAAAUUAUUCAAUCGAGGCUUUCCAUUUCCUCAGGUGGAAAUUGAACAUGAACAAGACAAGUCAUCCAUUUCCCCCUUCAGAACAGUGAGCAUUCCCAGGAGAAAAAGAAAACACAAUUGAGGAGGAGGAAGAUGUAAUGAGAUGCACAAGAAGGCUGCCAAAUUAAAAGAUAGUGUGGCAUCUUGGACUGCGUUGGAAUGUGCUGAAAGAUCUCGCUCAGGAGGCCCUUUGCUCAAGAACAAAGCUGUGCUGAAAACCGGGGAGCCGCCAAAGAGAGGACACCCUUCCUUGCCCGAGAGCCGCUGAAGGGGGCUUCCCAAACAGUGGCUCUCUCCGCGCUGCUCCUGGCCAACUGCUGACGGUGGACGCUCCAAUGAAUCCCUCUGUCCCGAGAUCAUGUGCUUCCAGCCACCAGUGCGCUGCCAAAGAGGAAGUGCGGGUUGUUUUCGUUUGCUCGGUUCCUCUCCUGACGAAGAUGAAAGGCGGCGGCGGCGGCGGCGGCGGCGGCAGGGCAAGCUCUGCCCGUCCGGAUCCCGGGCGCCGAUGGAAGCCCUGGAAUGGGACGCGCUGAGGAACGGCAGCCUCCUGCCUACUCUGAGCCCGGCUGUGCCGCCGUUCGUGAAGCUGGGUCUCACCGUUGCCUACACCGUCUUUUAUUCGCUCCUCUUCCUGUUCAUUUACAUCCAGCUCUGGCUGGUCCUGCACUACCGGCACAAGAGGUUUAGCUAUCAGACGGUCUUUUUAUUUCUGUGCCUGCUCUGGGCUUCUCUUCGGACGGUGCUCUUCUCUUUUUAUUUCAAGGACUUUGUCGCCGCCAAUUCCCUCAGCCCCUUCGCCUUUUGGCUCCUCUAUUGCUUCCCGGUGUGCCUCCAGUUUUUCACCCUGACGCUUAUGAACCUUUACUUCACCCAGGUGAUUUUCAAAGCUAAAUCUAAAUAUUCACCAGAAUUACUUAAAUACAGGUUACCCCUCUACUUGGUGUCUUUCGUGGUCAGUCUGCUUUUCCUGCUGGUGAAUUUAACGUGUGCUGUGCUUGUGAGAUUAGAAAAUUCAGAAAGGAGGAUAAUUGUAUUGGUCAGGGUUGCUAUAAAUGACACUUUAUUUGUACUCUGUGCCAUCUCACUCUCCGUUUGUCUCUACAAGAUUUCCAAAAUGACCUUAGCAAAUAUUUACUUGGAAUCCAAGGGAUCAUCAGUAUGCCAGUUAACAGCAAUAGGAGCAACUGUUAUACUAUUGUAUACCUCAAGAGCCUGUUACAACCUGGUUAUUUUAUCAUUUUCUCAAACUAAGGCAAUGAACUCUUUUGAUUAUGAUUGGUACAAUGUAUCUGAUCAGGCAGAUCUGAAAUGCCAGUUGGGUGAUGCUGGCUAUGUAGUAUUUGGAAUAAUCUUGUUUGUGUGGGAACUUCUCCCCACUUCCUUGGUGGUGUUUUUCUUCCGUGUUCGAAAUUCUACAAAAGACCUAACAAAUCCAGGAAUAGUACCAACUCAUGCUUUUAACCCAAGAACCUAUUUCUUUGACAAUCCUCGCAGAUAUGACAGUGAUGAUGAUUUGGCAUGGAGCAUAUCACCACAUAGCAUAUAUGGCAGCUUCUCUCCAGAAACCUAUGACUGGGGAUAUCUAAACAACAGCUUAAUGGUUCAAGUUGGAUCUCUGCAACAUGAUUUCACAUCAGAGUCUCCAUGACGAAGCCCAAUAUAACAACAGACCAAUGAUACUCCCUUCACAUUAUUCAAUUUUAGUAAGAAGGGUUAUUUUGCAAGGACUUACAUAUUUAAAUUAUGUAAAAAGAACUGAGUCACCUUUUAUAAUGUUAAAAAUAUUUGAGUUUUAAAGAUUUGAGUUGCUGAAAAAAAAUCUGUUUCCUAUAUUUGCAAUUUAGAAAAAUAGUUUGAAAAACUCUAAAUUUUUUUUGGGGGGGGAAGUCAAAUAUUUAAAAUGUGAAUAUGUAUAGACAUGGUGGUGUUUAAAAUGUUAAUUUAAUUGUACAAUAUAAUGCCCAGUGAAACAUAUGCUGAUAGGAGUUUUUGACCUGUUUAACAUGCAAAUUUAACUAUUUAAAAUGUAUUAUUAGUUUUAGUAAAUUGGUCAUUAAAAUAAUUUUGUAUAUCUUUACUGAUGCAUGAGUGAGGGUGACGGAGUGGAAGAACUGUUUUCUCUAAGACUGCCUAUUUUUUAUUUCAACUUCCUAUCCGCUUUGAUUAUAUAGGAAGCUACUAAAUUUAAAAAACAGAGAAGAAUUUGUCCUGAGGUACAGUUUACAGUUGUGUUAGCUUCAGCAGUCCAUAUAAUAAAUUGGAGUUUACAGUA